CUCAAAAAGCUGUGUCCACUCGUCGGCUCGUCGCAACCUUUCGGUUUUUAAUUUUUAAUAAUCAUUUCGAAAUAUUUCUUCUGUAUAUAUAUUUGUGUCUAUCGUCCCUUCAUCAUCGUUUUCAUCUUCCUCAUAUUCGUCUUCCUUGUUGAUCACUGUUCAUACAUUGAUUUGUACGUACUACGUACUCACGCGCGCACGUACGGCGUCGUUUUGACGGAUGGCUGCCGGAGUGGAGUUAUCGGCGGGCAGAACCGCUGGUGGUGGGAUUGCUAUGGAAUUCCCGGCCGGUGAUGAGAACUCUUGUUUGUCGCCGCAGAGGCUUCCGAGGAGGCUCCGGCGACGGUUUCUUGAUGUGGAGUGCAAGUCUCCGAGGACUGUUGAGGAAAUUGAAGCGAAGCUUCGAGAUGCUGAUCUUCGAAGACAGAAGCACUAUGAGACACUCUCGUGCAAGGCACGUUCAAAACCAAGAAGCCCUUCCAGGUCCUCAUCUCAGGAGGAGGAUCUUGGCCAGCGACUAGAAGCUAAGCUGCAAGCCGCCGAGCAGAAGAGACUGAGCAUUUUAGCAAAGUCUCAGAGGCGCUUGGCAAGGUUAGAUGAAUUGCGGCAAGCAGCUAAGACAGGAGUAAAAAUGCGUUAUGAGAAUGAACGUGUGAAGCUUGGGACAAAAGUGGAAUCUCGUGUUCAGCAGGCAGAGGUUAAUAGGAUGCUUAUACUCAAGGCUCGCAGACAAAGAAGGGCUACCUUGAGAGACAGAUCAUCUCAAUCAUUGUUACGCAGGAUGGCUCGAGAGAGCAAAUAUAAGGAGCGUGUACGUGCUGCAAUUCACCAAAAACGUGUUGCUGCUGAAGCAAAGCGACUUGGAUUGCUGGAAGCAGAGAAGAAGAGGGCACAUGCUCGAGUGUCACAAGUGAAACACAUAGCUAAGUCUGUAUCUAACCAGCGAGAGAUUGAGAGAAGGAAAAUGAAGGACCAGUUGGAAGAUAGAUUACAAAGGGCAAAAAGGCAAAGAGCAGAAUAUCUCAGGCACAGAGGAAGGUUGCGUGGUCACGUGCGAGAGAAUUGGAAUAGAAUGCCAAAGCAAGCAGAGAUUCUUUCCAGAAAAUUAGCAAGGUGCUGGAGGCAAUUCCGAAGUCUGACGAAAACAACUUUUGCCCUGGCAAAGGCUUAUGAUGCUCUGGGGAUUAAUCAGAAAUCUGUCAAGUCAAUGCCUUUUGAGCAGCUUGCCCGUCUGAUUGAAUCAAUUUCCACAAUUCAGACGACAAAAGCUUUACUUGACCGGGUUGAGAGCCGCCUUCAAGUAUCAAGAGUGGUUGACCCUGCUAAUAUUUUAUCUAGUUUGGAUAAUAUUGAUCACUUGCUUAAACGGGUUGCUACCCCAAAAAAGAAGGUGACUCCUAGGAGUUCUACAAGAAGCAGGGAGACAAAGAGAGUAAGCUCAGUCAAGGAAUCAAACAGGAACCCAGCUAGGUCAUCAAGGUAUCCAGUAAGAGUUGUUCUUUGUGCUUAUAUGAUAUUGGGCCAUCCAGACGCUGUUUUCAGUGGAAUGGGAGAGCGUGAGAUUUCUCUAGCUAAGUCUGCCGAAGAAUUUGUCCAGAUGUUUGAGUUGUUGGUAAAAAUUAUACUAGAGGGGCCUGUACUGAGUUCUGAUGAAGAGUCUGAUUCAGCAACUUUAAAACGUUUCACCUUCAAGUCUCAGCUUGCUGCUUUUGAUAGAGCAUGGUGCUCGUACUUGCAUUGUUUUGUGGUCUGGAAGGUCAAAGAUGCUCAAUUAUUAGAGAAGGAUUUGGUUAGGGCAGCUUGCCAACUUGAGGCGUCUAUGAUUCAAACUUGCAAGUUGACUCCAGAAGGAGAUAAUGAUAGGCUUACUCAUGAUAUGAAAGCAAUUCAGCAUCAGGUCUCUGAAGAUCAAAAACUUUUAAGAGAAAAGGUGCAGCACCUGAGUGGAGAUGCUGGCAUUGAGCGUAUGGAGAGUGCUUUAUCUGAAACACGAUCUAAAUUCUUCAAAGCAAAUGAAAGUACUAGCACAAGCCCAUUCAACUUCUCACCUUCUCUUUCACCUGUUGCUAGCUCCACAGAAUUAAACACUCCACUUGAGAGUAACCGAAAGCCUAGUCGUGUGGUUCGCUCCCUAUUUAAUGAGUCUGAACCUUCUUUGCCUAGAGGGUCCAGCUUGUCUGCAGGUAGAAUCAAUUCAGAUGGUCAGCUGGGCUCUUCUGAUGAGAAGUUGGUAACUGAGAACGAACUCUUUGUGAAUGAGUUUCUCCAUGAACGUCACCAUAGUUUCUCUGAUGGCUUAGGCAUUGCUGAUCACUGCCAAAGUAGCAUCGAGGGAAAAAUAAAGCAGACAAUGGAAAAGGCUUUCUGGGAUAGCAUCAUGGAAUCCAUAAAUCAGGAACAACCAAACUAUGAUCGAGUUGUUCAACUCAUGAGAGAGGUCAGGGAUGAAAUUUGUGAGAUGGCUCCUCAAAGCUGGAAGGAGGAUAUUCUAUCAGCAAUUGAUCUAGACAUUUUUUCCCAGGUUCUGCAAUCAGGUGGUAACCUGGAUGUCGAUUACCUUGGAAAGAUUCUGGAGUUUUCACUGGUCACUUUGCAAAAGCUUUCCGCUCCAGCCAACGAGGAGACAAUCAAGGCCAAACACCAUAAUUUAUUUCUGGAGUUGAAUGAAAUAUGCCAAUUAAGAGACGAGUCAAAAAAUUCAUGUGUCAUGGCUCUAAUCAAGGGCUUGCAGUUUGUCCUAGAACAGACUCAGAUUCUUAAGAAAGAAAUAAGCAAAGCCCGCAUAAGAUUAAUGGAGCCUUUGUUAAAGGGACCUGCUGGUCUUGAUUAUCUUAAGAAUGCCUUUGCUAACCGUUAUGGAUCUCCAUCUGAUGCCAAAACCUCUUUGCCUUCGACGCUGAGAUGGCUCUCAUCUGUUAGGACAUCGAAAGAUCAGGACUGGGAAGAACACUUGAACUCCUCCUCAGCUUUGGGAAUUGUUAAUAGCUCCUCCUCCCAGGGAUGCCUGCCUUCCACCACUCUCAGAACUGGGGGAAGGAUUCUGUCUAAAGCAACUGGCAGCCAAACAGCCUUUUCUGCUGCUGAUGCAAUUACUACAGGUGAUCAGCUGCCAGAAUGCAGAGGAGAAUUAAUUGAUCUAGUUGUGAGGCUUGGUUUGCUAGAGUUAGUUAGUGGUAUAUCUGGUCUGACUCAAGAAGAUCUACCUGAAACUUUAUCACUUAACUUAUUCAGGCUGAGGUCUGUUCAGUCUCAAAUUCAGAGGAUUAUUGUUAUUUCCACUAGCAUCCUUAUUUGCCGCCAGAUUCUUGUGAGUGAAAAGGCAGUAGGUAGCACCGUGGGAAUGGAAAGCAUAGUAUCAAAGUGUGCCGAAAAACUUGCAGAUCUCUUGGACCGGGAUCAAGAAGUCAGUGUUGACAAUAUCGUUGAAGUAAUCUGUGAUUUCUCUGCGGGUGGCGAUUUAGACAUUGAUGCAGGAAAACUACAGAAAAUGAAGGUAGUUGCUGCCAGGAUGCUUCCAAAGAGCUUACAGGCUGGAGAUGCAGUGUUUGAGAGGGUGUCCAAUGCAGUCUAUACAGCCGUUCGAGGUGUCGUGCUUGGCGGAAAUGGGGUCCAGGGUAGAAAGUUAGCAGAAAUGGCCCUCCGAAAGGUAGGGGCUGGUUUACUGACUGAAAGGGUGGUGAAAGCUGCUGAAGUUUUGAUUGUGGCUGCCACUAUAUCCGUAAGUGUUCAUGGACCAUGGUAUAAAUAUUUGACUGAUAACAUGAGUAAUAAUAAUAAUCAGGAAGUACAGGAAUAAUAAAAUACGGUUGUACAUAGCAGCGUGAAGUUGUCACUGUAUCUUAGGGUUGUAAAGUGAUAGGUGAUAUCGAUUGUUGUUAAGCAUGUUGAAUUCUUUUAGUGUAUAGUAAUGAGAUGUAUAUAUUUGUCUAAGAAUGUUAUUUCUCUGAAUUGUUUGAGGUU